AACUACACUGAUAUGCUCUGUGUUAAUCUCUAGAUGCUUAGCUUCAUUAACAGCUUUACUUUUAGGAUAAAUACUACUGGUUUUCAUUUACUGAUAGUUCCUGUAGCUCAGGUUAUGGUACAAAACAUUUUCAGAUUUUGGAUUUGUAACCUAUAGAGCUGUGAAGGUGUCAGAUGACAUUUCAUUUUAUUUGGUAUUAAGUGCUAAAAUUGCACGUCCAAAACAAACGUAUUAACCAUUGUACUUUUGUUAGUGGACUAAACUAUUUGAAUAAUUUUUAGCCUUAAGAAGAAAAAAAUCCUAUAUUCAGGAAGGCAGUGCUGUGUGUGUGUCAUGGGUGGUUCUUAUAAGGUUACACACACCUGAUUCACAGCCUGAGCUGCUGCUGACUGCAUGAAGAAUUCAAGCAUUCGCUGAAGACCAUGAGUUUACCGGACUAUAAAUCUCCUGGAAAACAGUCCUUGGCACCUGUACAGUCGAAAUCCCAAGUUGUCCAGCUGAAUAUCGGAGGUCAUGUCUUCAGCACCACCCUGGGGACCAUCCGGAAAUUCCCAAACUCCACACUGGCAGACCUGUUUAACGGAUCAACCAAACGGCUGGACUCUGAGGGUCGUUACUUCGUAGACCGUGAUGGGACUCAUUUUGCAUACAUCCUUGAGUACCUCAGAACAGAGAAAGUUCCCACCGAUCACCUGCAGGAAGUGCAUAAGGAGGCGCUUUACUAUGACAUCAAACCUCUGGUCAAAGCCAUUGAGGAGACGCCUCUGUUCUUUGGAGAGACAGUCGGAAGACAGCAGUUUUUGGCCCGUGUGCCGAAUUACCGCGAAAACCUGGAGGUGAUCGUCCGGGUGGCCAGAGCGGAGGCCAUCGCCUCACGUUACUCCAACAUAAUCGUGUGUGUUGUGAGGACAGAAGAUGAUUUAGCCAGAUACAAUGAUGCUAUUGACAGUCUCGGCACCCCAAAAGAGUCUGUGGUGAGCUUUGGUCCAUGGAAAGCUCCAGCAUCAGUGAAUGACCUGUUAGAUUGUGUCAAAAUAGACAUAGAGGCCAAAGGAUAUAAAGUAAAGAUCCAACCACACAGCAUAGACAAAGGGUUUCUCUUUAAGAGCUACAACUUUUUCUAUAAAUUGAUUUUCACCUGGUGGUAAAGAGUGUGAGUCCCAACAUUAAGGCCUUUCAUGAUCUGGAAAUAGGGAUGUAUAAAGUGAAGGAAUAUAUACAUAUAUACUUAUUAAACUAAUCAGACUUAUCAAAUACUUUUUUAGCAGACCGAGAUAUAUGACAGACAGCUGUCAGUGAUAUAUAAUGAAGAUCUUAUCUGUCAGUAUCUGUUCAACCCUUGUUUAAUAUUGACACUAGUUGUGCUAUCCAGGCCUUAGGCUUAAAAUAGCUUCUGCAUGAAUGUCUUAUAAAGUUUUAAAGGAAUGUUCUGGUUCAAUAUAAGCUAAGUUUUCUCAGCAGCAUUUAUGGCAUGCUGUGGAUUCCAAUUACUUUGACUACUGUGUGUGUGUAAAAAGUCUGUGAAAACAUACUACAUACACUUUCAUGUCUUGAGUGCAAGUGUUUGUCACAGAUGCUGGUAAAAGGCUUUACAUCAACGGUAGGUCUUAAGAAAUGUUAUUGGGUUGUUAAUUUGUCCAUAUCUGCAAACUGCACCAUUAUAUAACUUUUAACAUUUAUGCAUUUGCCUGAUGCUUUUAUCCAAAGUGACUUGCAUUGCAUCCUAGUUAUACAUUUCAUCAGCUCAUGCAUUCUAUAAGAAUGAACAUUUUUAGUGAAACAUGUCCACUUCAUAUACAGAUGUUAUUAUUAUUAACAUUGUUAAUAUUACAUUAAUUUGUGCCAUGUCUAUAUAAUAUGUCUGUUUUAACUGCAGUAUGUGUCCAAUGUCUGUUCCAUUUUUUCACUGCUAAGACAUUAAAAAAGGUACAAAAUAAUAAGAAAAAGUGAUGUGCCUCUGCAGCAGAAUGGCUGUUGUAAUGUCAUACUUCAUGUAUGUUUGUGGAAAAACAAUACAAAAGAAAAGUCGAAUGAUUUUAAAGAUAUCUUACCUUAGUGGGUUCAUGAAAUUGUUGCUCAGAAAGGUUGUGCCAUCUUUUUAAGUUUUAAAUUUGUAUACUAUAGCUGUUGUUCUAGUUUGAAAUGUUCAAAAAUAGAUUUAAUUACUUAAAAUGUGUUCUUUGUUUUGAAUGUUAAAUUGUCUAAUAUAUACUGAUUGCUGUGCUAUCUAGUUCAUUAUUCUCUGUUGUUGUUAUUAUAGCCUCUUAUAUGUUAUACUUUUUAAAAACAGAUAUUUAAUUCUUUAAUCAGUCUCUAUAUGUAGCUUUUCUAGAAAAAUAAAACACAGAAACAACUGAAAGUUCAAGCUCAGGAAAAAUGUAAUGAAUAUGUAUAUUGUUUUAAUUUUACCUAUAUCAGAAUAGGCUGUUUAUGAUUAUAAUUGUUUAUAAUUGUAAUAUAAUAUAAUAUAUGGAAUUAAACGUAUUAUGCAUGAGGCAUUGAAUGCAUACAGAUUAUUUUACAAUUAAAAGGAAAAGGCC